CACCACCUCCUCCUCCACCACCACUUUGCCUGCUCUCGUCUCGUCUCCAUCCAUGUCCGUGCUGCGGGCUGGCCCUGGUGUCCUCCGCAACUUCUCUCCUCCUCCUCCUCCCCCUUCCCUCUUCCUCCGCUUGCCAGGCUUCUUUCUCCAGUCUGCAUCUUGUCUCUCCAGCGACGGCCGCCCAUCUCGCGCGCCCAUAUCCCACUUCGCUGCUGUCGACAACAUCGGCGACAACGGCCACCAGCUUCUUUUCACAUCUUCCAGCCCAGCUACCUCGAGGCGGGGCAAACCCCUUCGUCCUAGCUCCCGCUCCCCCUCACAACCCGCAAUCACUUCCAGCAGGCCUUCACGCCGCCCUCAGGUAAGCAAGCACAGAGCUCGAAACACUGCUUCCAUGCCAUUUCUCUGUUUCCCCGGCCGAGCGGCCUCUUUUGUCGACCAUCCACGGCCCAACCAACAGUCCAGUCGUUCCACAUGUCGAUCCUGCCCUACCGACGUCGCCAUUAGCAGGGCCAGCAUCAGCACCGCGCCUGGAGAGGGGUAAUCCCAGUACGCGGUCACUUGUCCACCACUCGACCCUGCCUGCAGACCAGCCCACCAUCGCACCCGCCAGCAGCAUACCCGCCAUCUUCGCAACGCCUCACAGUCUUGGUUCGGUAAGGGCGUCGGAAAGCAAAAUGACCUCGCGGUCCCACAACUUCGGCCAGAAAGCGCCCGCAUCAUUCUCCGUCCUCCGCCAAGGCCAGAGUGGACCUACGCGCAACACCGCUCUCGAAAUCUAUUCUCCUGGCAGCCAGCACUCAUAGCGAUCCAG